AACGAGCAGACUUCUGACAGUUGACAAUCGCCAACGCUCUCACUUUGUGUUGUAUUCAUUUGUUGUAGCUUGAAGUUGGAGCAACAAUCUGUGGAGCUCUCGUUGGUCAUAUUGGCAAACUGUGUUCUGUUUUUGCACCACAAAAUACGUUAAUGGAUUCGAUAGUACGGCAGAAAGAUACAAAAAUUAUUUGCUACGUUUCUUGGCAAAUCUCAAUAUAAAUCAGUGGGUUAAUUGUAAAAAACGCCGACUUGGUGAUUUCCCAAAGUAGCAUUUACUUUUGAAGGCUAUUAGCGCUUAGAACGUGGCAUUUUCUAAAGUAAUCAAGGGAAGUAAACAUUAAGUAGAGGUUGUGACCUGGCUUACGUGUGAUUUUUCUCGAUAAGCAACGCUCAUUGAAUGUAAUUUGUUUUGCCUGAAAGAGAGAAAAGCUGAGAUAGAGUAGCAAGACCUCAUAAUGAUUCCUGGGUACGGACCGGUGAUGCAAGCCCUUUUGGGUACACUUUUUACAUGGGGAUUAACAGCUGCGGGUGCAGCGUGCGUGAUAUUUGUCCGCGGCAAUCAACGCAAGUCACUCGAUGCUGCAUUAGGUUUCGCCGCUGGUGUCAUGAUUGCUGCUUCGUUUUGGUCACUUUUAAAUCCCGCCAUAGAAAUGGCAGAGAGUUCACAUCUGUAUGGCGUUUACGCCUUUAUGCCAGUUUCUGGUGGUUUUCUUUUGGGUGCCAUCUUUGUGUAUGGUUGUGAUAGGCUUAUGUCGUAUCUUGGACUCAACAGCACAAAUAUGAUGAUUUCGAUGACACAAACGAAUAAGGAUAAGGCUGAUAUUGCUAUCGAUGAUAUACGUAAUAGUCAAGGUGUUUUGGAUCGCACUGUAACAAAAAGCAUGGAUAGUUUUUCUGAUUGCUUGAGUACACAACACGGCAACCUUGAGCCACGACGUCGCAAAAAAAACAGCGCAGCCGAAUUAGAAGCUCAGCGUACAUAUACAACAGAUAGUCAACGUAACCUUGAAAACGCAGUGGCACAAUGGAAACGUAUUAUGUUACUGGUUGUUGCAAUUACCGUACAUAACAUUCCCGAGGGUCUGGCGGUCGGUGUCAGUUUCGGCGCAAUAGGCAGUACUGAAUCUUCCACAUUUGAAGCUGCUCGAAAUUUAGCAAUUGGUAUUGGAAUUCAGAAUUUUCCAGAGGGCCUCGCUGUAAGUCUGCCUUUACACGCAGCUGGCUUUAGCGUGGCACGCGCAUUGUGGUAUGGUCAACUGUCUGGUAUGGUGGAACCGAUUUUUGGUAUUUUGGGUGCAGUUGCAGUGACAUUUGCCAAUCUCAUAUUACCAUAUGCACUGUCAUUUGCAGCCGGCGCAAUGAUAUAUAUUGUUGCGGAUGACAUAUUGCCCGAAGCUCAUGCCAGUGGCAAUGGAACGAUAGCCACUUGGGGCACGGUAGCAGGGUUCCUUAUAAUGAUGUGCCUUGAAGUUACCCUAUCUUGAUGUUACUUCUACUGCCGUUGUUAUAUUUGUUAUAUUAUUAACUACAAGUACAAUAUUUUGCGUUUACAAAGCUACAACAAUCGCUUGAUCAGUCACAUUGAUUUGGUACAAAA